AUGCCCAACGAAAGACAAAGUGCAGCGGUUUUUUAUUUGUUCCCGGUUCUUACCGGUUCAUGUUGGAUACGUCUCUUGACCGAUGACCGAACGUAUACUCCGGGCCAGUUGAGUGGUGUUCAUCAGCAGCGACAAAUCCAAUCGGCGCCAGUCGUCGCAAGUGUACCGCGGAACGGGGAGGGUCUCAACGGCCCUGCACCCGAGGAAGGCGCUAUGAAAGGCGUGGAGGCCACACCAGAGGAACAAGAGCACCUGGCCGCCGGAAAUAACAAUGGCUCCCUCGACUGCAAACUCCCACCUCAGCAAUCUCGGUCUGCGUUUCACUCUACCAGAGUGUUUAUGCUGGUGUUCCUAUCGGGUUGGGUGUUGCAGGGCAUGUUCCUCACGUACUUCGUGAGCGUGACGACGACUGUUGAGAAAUUAUAUAAAGUGGAAUCGAAGACAACGGGGAUACUCCUCUCAGCGACAGAAAUCGGACAAAUAUGUACAGCAUUAUUUCUGACGUAUUUAGCGGGUCGGGGCCAUCGUCCGAGGUGGAUCGCUUGCAUGAUGAUUGUAUUAGCCAUCGGUGUGGUCGGGUGCGUGGUACCCCACAUGUUGUAUGGAACGCAAUUGAUGGACGUCCACUUGGACUCGCACCGGGCUGAGGCGGCGCCGGUGUGUAACGACAAUUCUUCAAGCGCGUGCGACGCCGCUCACAUGAAGAGCACAGCAGCGCGGUCCUCCAUUACUGCGGUCGUGAUCCCGUGGCUCUUCGUGUGCCUCCUCGUGGUCGGAGUGGGGCAGACCGGCAUUGCGACGCUUGGCAUACCCUACGUUGAUGACAAUGUGGGCAGCAGGCAGUCUCCUCUAUAUAUGGCUAUCACGAUUGGAAUUAGAGUUAUUGGACCUGCACUAGGCUUUCUUCUGGGUGCCUUAUGUACGAGGGUAUAUGUAGACCCUCUGAAGGAUCCCGGCUAUGAGUACAAUGAUCCACGAUGGGUUGGAGCUUGGUGGCUUGGAAUGGUGUUUAUAGCCGGGUUCGUCCUGAUCUUAUCCUCGUUGAUGUUCUGUUUCCCAAAACAGAUCCGACAAAGCCCUCUUCCACCGCCACCCAAGAAGAGCAAAGAAAAGAAUGCACCUAUGUUUAAAGACUUCUUUCAAACCAUCAAGCGUCAGUUGACCAACGACAUCCUGAUGUGGAGGACGGCCAGCUCCGUGCUGCAUCUGAUGCCGAUAAGCGGCGUUUACUCCUUCCUGCCCAAAUACUUGGAAAAACAGUUUCGGCUGCCCACGCACGACGCCAAUCUUGUUUCGGGUCUGGGUGGUAUUCUGGUAAUGGGUUUGGGUAUUAUCACGUCGGGCGUGGUGAUUUUGAAACUGGUUCCGAGUGCAAGACAGGUGGCCGCGUGGACUGCUGCUACUGCAGCUAUCUAUAGUGCUGGUAUGAUACUGCUGAUGUUCGUGAAUUGCCCGGAAGAGUCUUUCAGAGUGUUGAGCACGACCGGAAUGAACAAUUUGUCUUGCAGUUCUGGGUGUCAUUGCGAGAACUCAUCGUAUAGCCCUGUGUGUGGGCAGGAUUCCUUCACCUACAUGUCACCGUGCCAGGCCGGUUGCCAUGGCAGCCAGCAGCUGGACAACACGACGUGGCUCUAUUACGACUGCGAGUGCGUCCACAACGAAACGCGAGGCGACAAGGCCUACCAAACUAUUGAACGUUUCGACCUCAUAAACUCGACCUUCGACGAGUCGUCCAGUUGGAGUGGUUUCGCUGUGAGCGGCGAGUGCAGCGGACCCUGCAACCAGAUAUAUGCGUUCAUAGCGAUCUUCGCGGCCAUCAUGUUCGUGCACGCGAGCGGGGAAGUUGGGGCCGUUUUGCUCAUUAUACGGUGUACGGACAAGCACGACAAAGCGAUGGCGAUGGGCGUGAUUCAGUUCGCUAUUGGAGUCUUCGGCAAUGUGCCUUGCCCCAUCGUGUUCGGCGCCGCCGUCGACGCCGCUUGCCGUUUGCGUGACGUCGCGUGUGGCGUGCUGGGCGGUUGCGUGUCCUACGACAGCGACAGCUUGAGACAUUUCUUCUUAGGUCUGUCAGCUGGACUCAUGUUCCUCGCGUUCAUAAUGGAUAUGCUUGUGUGGAGUCGGGCUGGUCGAAUCGAUAUGAACCCGUGCGAAAGGCCCGACACGCCGCAAGAUGCGCCCCUCACCUCAACGCCAACAUCACCCGACACACAACUCUGA